GCUGUGAUCAACACCAUAAUUUGAUCCCCAAGAGCUGUGAUCUUCCUGCGCUAAGAAAGAUCAUAACUUUAUUGUUUGACACCACACUAGCACGAUAAUAUCUUGGCAUUCCAACUGACAAUGAAAACGUCUCUGGUUCUAGAAGCCGCGCCAUACAGCAACUGCCCGAUGAUCUCAAAAGCUGAUACUGUAUCCCUCUCGCCUCUGCCCACGCCAUUAAACUGAAGAUGAACCAUGAGUGCUACAACAGUCAGCUCAAGCCCUUUUAUCACCGAAAAACGUUGCGAUACACCAGUCCCUCUAGCGGAAAAUGCAAGCGCCUGAUUGUGCAGUCCGUGAAUCCCAACUUGAAUAGUGAUUGGAACGAGGACAAUGUUCGAUCGAACGCGCCACUAUCCACUCAGCUUGCUGGUUGGCUGUGCAGGGUGAUGUUGAACCCAUCCUACGAAACAUUUUUGUGGUUAUUCAUCUGGCCCAUUUAUUUCAUCGCAUUGCUGGUUCCAUCCAGAAGGCCUACGUUCAGCCAUUAUUACAAGCCGUAUUUGAUGCGGUUUGUUGGCCAACUGUGGGCUGCACGCUCACCAAGGGAAUACUCUCUACAGGCACGAGCAGCGGGUGAAGAUGAUGGACAUGCCCGACGUGUCACCCACGCCCUCUACCCCCGCUUCCUUGUUGUAUAUGACAACAACAGAAGAGAUUGGACAAGAGUCGAUGCUGAGGCAGCGGUGAGGCGAAAACCAUAUGUCGCUGUCACCUACUGCUACAGUGACGUGAUAAAUUCUGGAAGUACGGAGGCGCUCAUAGAGCAGGUGCGGAAUGCUACCUUGGAUCAAGGGUUUGACGCGUAUUGGCUAGAUCUCGAGUGCUUAUUUGAAGACCCCGCGCAGAAGGCCCAAGACCUUUAUCGCAUGUCGGACGUUUACCGACUUGCCUCUUUCACACUCAUCAUACUCACCAACGAGAGCGCCUGGCCCGCUUGGGGCGGCCGCGUUUGGACUCUGCCGGAAGCUCUCCUCAGUCGCGAGCUGCGAUACAAGGCGGGGAAUAAUGCAGUCACCCCCAUCAGUCUCAUCCAAAUCGCCUCUUUGGCUUACUCACACCACGAUGAAGAAUCCCAUAUUAUCAACUCUUAUGGCCUCGGGAAGGAUCCGCUCGAGAGGCUGGAGCGUAAUCUCCAACUCAAAGAAGCAAUAUGGCGCCGCCAAAGCUCUUCCUCUCAACUUACGAGUCAGGAGGGAAGUUCUCAGGGGAGAUAUCGCGCAGAAAAGGUUUACGCGCUCAUGGGAUUCUUCGAGCAUCGCAUUCUCCCAAAUGCCGAGGAGACAGAGCUGCAAGCACUUGCGCGCCUGUUUAUGGCGAACGACAACGACCGCAUUGCUGAUCGCAUGAUCUCGAUGUUUCCCAGAGAUCGAAGAGGAAUAAAUCAAUGGUACACCAAAGAAGAUGAAUAUGGAGCCAAGCUUUGGGACAUCGAGCCCACUGUACAGGUCAUCGGCAUUACAUCCAAUGGUUCCCUUGUGUUGGAUGGCUGCCGGGCGGCAGCAAUUAGGUGGAAAAAUUUUCCAUCCGUCGCAUACGCUACGAGGCGCACUAUCCGACGUCUUCUGGCACAUGCACUGCCAUAUGUGGCCUCGGCGGUCUUUGUGGCUGGCGCCGUGAUUUUAAUCUCAUCUAUCCAUGCAUUUCCUCUACCACCUCUAGCUGUAGUCGGCGGCAUCAUGGCUGCUUUCUCACUUAUUCUGCUGAUAUUUGCGCCAAUCUUCACAACUUAUGCGCACUCUGGACGAGUCGUCCUUGCUCGUCCAUGGCUAAUCGGAGUCAAAGGAGUCAUCUCUGCGCAGGAAGCCUCUGACUAUCUGUAUGGAUAUCAGAUUGGAGAUUCUCGUCGCACCUUUUACACUCCUUCAGGUUCACCUUUGGCGAGACCGAGUGACUCCAAGUUCCGUGAAGGCCACGUUUCGCAGUACGAUGCGGCCCUCGCAGCCCCGCCGUUUGACCCUAUUGAAGGUCACAUGUUCACCCUCGUCGACACCAUCUCAGGCACGGUCUACUAUUUCCGUGCCCAUAGACCUCCCACGGUCUGUCUUUUUACUGGAUCGGAGGGUGGACAAGGGAGGUUCAUCCUGGCUAGCGAGGAAUGCAGCAGUAGCGAGCUGCGACGUCAGACGGUGCUCCGCAUGCCGAGUUACAUCUCUGUUUACAUGCACACUUGUGAUUGGGUGGCUCUGGGUGGUAAGCCUUCAGGCCGGUAUAAGCAAUGACUUGCAUCAUUAUUGCUCUGCUUUUAUCAACACCCUCAUUUCUAUGGCGUGUUUUUCUUUUCGAAGUCCUGUCCUAUUUCCUUUGUGUUUUCAUUUUUUCACGAUAUACAAGUGAUCCAUUCACAUUUGGACGUUUUCUACCGUGAAU